UUCGAGCUAUAUGCCUGCUUUUAGAGACUGUAGACGUGCAUCGGUGUAUCUCAUUAAAACAAGGAAUCAAUAUAGGUCUCAAAGAAGUCUUGUCGAGGACAAAUAAUACGAUUGAAACGCGACAUCAUCGAUUUGGCACAUUAUCCGUGGGUCACGGAAUGUUCCGUGUUUGUAGUUCUAAUAAUUAUCUGUGGCUCGCAUAUUAUUUCCUGUUUUCAGUUCUGGCUGGUUUCUCUCAAUGCGCGGAUUAUAUUGCGAUUUGCUCGACGCAAGUUUCUCCGCAAACCUUGACAAAACUUUAGUCAAAAUUCUUCGUGGUAAUUAAUAGUUUUACGUGCGAAACGUUUAAUGAUUAAGUGUUAAUACUUAAAAACGAGCUUUGUUUUUGUUUAUUUCGUUUCGCUUCAAGACACUUGAUUGUAUAAUGAAAAAAUGUCGCUACAGUGAUAAUGAUAUACGGGAUAAUAAUCAUAUACGGGAAAACGAAUCGUCCUCUUUCACCUUCAAAAAACUAAUAAUAAUCUCGAGGAAAUAAUAUUGAAAAUUGAUCGAUAUAAAGGUCGCAUGCAUCUCCGCCAAACAACACAAAUAAUCGAGCAAGGACGACGGCAAUGAAUUGAUAGGAAACGUUCACGAAAGCAUACGGGUCAUUUAAUAGUUUCUCCGUUAGCGAUCGUUAGCGAAAGUGCAGUGUAGCAGGUAGGCGAACGAUAAGAAUUGUCGUGUAGUCAUCCUGCUUAUACCCUCUUCUAUUCUGUCGCUUCCCUAUUGAUUACUUUUUAAUGCCGUAGGUAGGGAGACAGGAUGAAAAAUAUGGAUAUAAAAGUUCUGGUCGUAAGUUAAGAAUUUAAGAGUCAGCAGCUUGCGACGCGAUUGAAACGACCGACCGUUGUGCAUUUUGUCGCAACGUAGCGGCUCAUCAGUACGUUCAUUCGCGAUCUCCAGCCAUCUCCCUGAGCUCUUGACCAAACGAAGAAACACGAAUAAUUAUCGCUAUUCAAAUCGAUCGCAUCUGAUUCACAGUUACAAGCGACGAUACAUGAUUGUAAGUACGCAUUUUGUGCUUUCUCGAGAAAAUGUGAAAUUUAAACGGAAUAGAUCGAUUUUGCAGUGAACUGAGUUCCCGAUUCCUCCUAAAACAGAUAUCAUAAAUAUCGGAACGAUAUGGUAUAUCAUGAAAGGAAAAUCAGCGCAACGAAUAAGGCGAUCUUCCAUUCUUGUACGAAACGCGCUGCUGGUGAACGAAGCGACUGUUCAUAUGAAGAAUGGAAAUUAUAACAAGGCCAUAUCACUCUACAAUCAAGCACUGGAUUUGAACCCGAACGACAAGAAUGCAUUGAUAGCACGGAGCAAGUGUCACCUUUUGUUGGGUGAGCCGCAGAAAGCGCUGGACGAUGCCGAAGCGGCGUUACGAUUAAAUCCUAAGGAUUCCAGCAACGCCAAAGCGGUAUACUGCAAAGCGGAGGCGCUUUAUCAUCUGGGCGAUUUCGAGAUGAGUUUGGUGUUUUAUUAUCGUGGGAUGAAAAUCCGUCCGGAAUUUGGCCAAUUCCGUCUCGGCGUUCAAAAAGCGAAAGACGCGAUACAGAAUGUAUUACGGAAAGAUUAACCGACGUGCUGCGAUUGAAGAGUACUGAGGUUACUACUUUGAAGCGGAAAGAGGAACUGAAAAAGAAGCAGAGUCAGGUUUUUAGGAAAGAUUUAGAAGAGAUAUAUAUCACAUUGAAGUCCUAUUGUGUUACGAUUAGAACAACGGUUUAUCGCCAAUCUUGUAUAUUAUAAAUAAAUCUAUUUGUGUCAGUCUAUGUAAAGUUAACGUUGUUAACGGUUUUUACUAGAUAUAUGAUAUUUUUAUGCUUGAUAUAGCAACAAUAUAAUACUUGAUCUACUACACAGGCAAAAUGUUAUUACAGAGUAUUUUAAAUAAAUACAGUCUUCUACUCUAACAAUA